AUGGGGCUCUCCAACGCAGCCAUCAUUGUCAUCGUUCUCGUCGCUUGUCUCGCAGUGACUGCAUUGGGAGCAUCGCUCUUCAAACACUACAAACCUGCCGAUGGAGAGACCCCGUUCAGUCCGGGCUACGAGCAGAAGCUCUACAUGGCCGAAGUGCGAGCUCGAGGGUUUGACAGCCUGAGACGGAUAUCCUGGGGAAGAGAUCUGGAGUCACGUUAUCCUCCAGCGGGGCCGGGCUACUAUCGCCCCCACACUUACACCGAAGACACCACGAGAGACACAGGGAGCUCAUAA